AUGCCAUAUAUUGCACCUGAAGUGUUAAUCAAAAAGCAAUAUUCAUUUAGCUCAGAUAUCUACAGUUUAGGAAUGAUUAUGUGGGAACUUACUUCUGGAUUGCGUCCUUUCUAUGAUCAGGCAUAUGAUGCUCAUCUUAUGCUUGAUAUAUGUAAUGAAAAUUUUCCGUUACGGCCAAAUAUCACAGAAGAUACACCACAAUGUUGGGCAAUUUUGAUGCAAAAAU